GAAAUAAAAUGUGAUCGGUUUAGGAGUUUUGCAGUUCCAGUGAGGAGGGUGGAUCAUUGGGUUGAUGGAAUCUUCUCUAUUGACAGACGUUGGGGCUGAUUUCUCUAAAAAAUGUGAUGGACUCACAAAAUCAAAAUCCAUUCUUCCUUGACAUUUUACAAGACAAUGAACAAGGUUUUGAGUCUUUUGACAGUAGUAAUUUGAUGUCCACUCCGCAUUCAGACGCCAAUGUCCAUCAAUCUCCACCCCAAGUUGAAAUGGGACAAUCUAUACCCCCUAUUGCAAAAAAAUCAACUACUAAGAGAGGUCAACGAGGAAUCAACUUCACCAUAGAUGAAGACAUUAAGCUAGUAUCGGCGUGGCUCAAUGUUAGCUUAGAUGCCGUGACAUCGACGGACCAAAAACACACAACAUUUUGGGAGAGAAUUUGGUUUACCUUUCACAAUGACAAGAAAUUUAACCGCACUAAGGAUUCUUUAAAUAGUUGGUGGUCAACAAUUCAAAGGGAGACCAACAAGUUCUGUGGAUGCUUGGCCCAAAUUGAGAACCAGAAUGAAAGCGGUAAAACUGAGCAUGACAAGAUUGAAGAUGCAAAAACUAUGUAUCAAAUUAAUUGCAAAAAUGCAUUUCAAUUGGAGCAUUGUUGGAGAAUUUUGAAGAAUGAAGCUAAGUGGUUGAUUCUAAGAGAUAGUUUGAAGGCCCGCACAAGACAACCAGCCACACAACCAGCCACACAACCAGCCAUACAAUCCUUUGCAAGCUCAAUAAAUGUAGAUGAAGAUAAUGAAGAGAUGAACUCCGGCGAAACCUUGGAGAGACCUAUAGGCAAGAAGGCCGAAAAGGAGAAAUUAAAGAAAAGAAAGAAUUGUGAUGACGUGAUCCCAACACUUUCCUCCCAAUUGGACGAAAUCAAGGAAGAAAAGAGAAGAAUGCAUGAGGAGAAAAAAGAAAGUAUGCGCAUUGCAUUAGAAGAACGAAGAGAGGCAAUGCGCAUUGCAUCCGAAGAACGAAGAGAGUUGAUUCGUAUCAAGGAAGAGAAGAAUGAAGUAGAAAAGAGGAAAAUGGAAGAUGAAUGAUGAAAGAUACAAGAACUAUGGAUCCUGAGCAAAAAGAAUACAUUCGUCUACGUUGUUUGGAAAUCUUGGAGAGGUUAAGGUCUAAAUAUGCAUCAUAAUGGAAUAUUAUUAUUGACAAUAUCUAAUUAAGUAAUUUUUUGUAUAGUGCAAAGAUACUAGCACAUAGUUGACAUAGAUGAUUUGAUGUUAGACAUCUCUUUUGUAGUAUUUACUUAUGCAAGGAACAUGAUUAUUCAAUCUCUAAUCAUGUUAGAUAUAUUUUUGUAGUCUUUACUUGUGCAAGGAAAUAGAUGCAAUGUUGUAAAUUUUGUAUUGUGCACGAACAAUAACACUUGAUUAUUCAAUUUAA